AAAGAAACUGGGCGUAGGAAAACUAAAGACAAUAGUCCAAAUCCAUUAGUGCUUGAAGGGAGAAAACUUUUGCGACCCACUCAAAUGAGAGCACGUGAUCCUAUCAUUUCUUUGCUCACAGCUGGCUAA